AUGGAAAACUCGGAUUCCAACGAUGAAGGAGAUGGAGUUUCGGCCCAACACAUAAGUCAAACGGACCGAUUGGUUCGGGAAGAAGAUUUCUCCAGGUUCGUAAAUAAUCUGAGUGAAGAAGAUUACGAACUUAUGAGAGACAACAAUCUUCUAGGCAUUCCAGGUGAAAGUACGGAAGAAGAGUUGCUGAGAAGACUUCAGCUAAUUAAAGGAAACGCACCACAAGACUCAGAUGAAAAUACAGGAGACUCUUCAGAUGACGUGUCUAGUGGUGACUCUCUAAUAGACUGGCUUAACUGUUCUGGACAAACUGAAAAUAUGACAAGUGGACAAAGAGAAAACCAAUCUUGGAGAGAAGAGAGCCUAAUUAAUCCUAAAAGUGAUCAGUUCAUAUUCAGUUUAGAAAUAAAUGUUAACCUUGAUAAUGGGAGUCCAAAUCCAGAGAAUGAAUAUGUAGCAUCUGCAAGACUUCCCAGAAGAGAAAAUAUGGAAGACAGCCAAAGGCAAGUGGAAAGUCCACAAUCUGAAUCAAUAUUUACAAGACCAUCUAUGUCUGAACAAGAUACAACUGAAACAUUAAUGGAAUUCCCACCUACCACAAGUCAGAGAAGAGCAAGAAGUAGGAGCCCAGAGUAUCGGAGAACCAGAGGAAGAAUUGAAAGUUGGUCGCCUCCACGUUCACUUAGGGAAAUUGUACAAAGACUUAAUCAUAGUAUACCCUCUCAGAAUUUUGAGCAGCCUCUGCUAAGUGAGAAUGCGAGAUUUUCUAGAACUGAGCACCAAGAAAUAUUGAGACAGCAAAUGACUGGAUUUGAGUUGCAAAAUAGCGGUCUUAUUGAAACUUCUAGAACAAGGAAUGCCGUUCAUGGAGAAAAUUCUCCAGAUACAACCAGCAGUGGUGAAUCUUGGGGAAUGUGGGAAAUAUAUCCAACCAUAACCUUCAAUCUUGAAGUAGGACAAGUUCAUUCUGGAGCAUAUUCUCAGAGAGACAGCAGAGCUAGUAGAACUCAGUUAACAUCUGAGACACCAAACAACACUGUCACUUCUGAAAGUGAACGAGGACUGAGGCAUAUGUAUUCACAUUCUGAGCAGGCAGGUGUGAGAGCUUAUGUCAAUACCAUUAGAAAUCCCGUUUGCAGAACUUUAAAUACUAGAUUAAAUGAUACAACAUCUGUUCCAAUUCAGAGCACGUUAAGGCAGACAAUGGCAGAAUUUAGUAACUCAAGUAACCUUAUGGACAGUGACAGUAAUUCGAAUGCUAGCUAUGAUACCCAUUCAAGUUCCACAAUGAUUUGCCAUUCACGCCCCAAUUGUAUGUCUAGUUCCAGUUCUAGUCCUAUUUCCGGUUCCAGCUCAAGUGAUGAAAAUUCAGGAAUUAGCUCACUGAUGUUUGAAGGCAGUGAAGAGACAAACUUAUCAUCAGACUUAUCAUCAGAGACCAGCCAAGGGGGUAGACAAAUUAUCCUUGACAGUAAUUUAGAGCAUAGUGUCUCACCUCCAAGUCAAAACAUGGAAUGGCUAGAGUCAUCUAAUGGUAGUAGUAGUGGUAUAUUUGGUUCUGAUUCAAAUGCUAGCUAUGAUACCCAUUCAAGUUUCACACUGAUUUGUCAUUCACGCCCCAAUUGUAUGUCUAGUUCCAGUUCUAGUCCUAUUUCCGGUUCCAGCUCAAGUGAUGAAAAUUCAGGAAUUAGCUCACUGAUGUUUGAAGGCAGUGAAGAAACAAACUUAUCAUCAGACUUAUCAUCAGAGACCAGCCAAGGGGGUAGACAAAUUAUCCUAAUAAUAUCUGAUGAAAGUGACUCUGGGUCCUCCCAUAAUCUGCAACAGUUUUUCCUCUUAAAUGAAGAUGAUCUAUACCAAACUACAGGACUCACCAAAGCACAGAUUGACAGCUUGGCUGUAAGAUCUUUUGGUGAAAAUGAUGCACUAAAAGCCUGUAGCAUUUGCCUUACAGAGUACACAGAAAACAGCAAGCUUCGCAUACUACCUUGCUCCCAUGAAUAUCACAUUCACUGCAUUGAUCGCUGGCUGUCUGAGAACUCUACAUGUCCGAUUUGUCGUAGGCAAGUAGUGGAUUCCAAUGAGAGUGAAAAUCCUGAUCGAUGA